AUGACUAGUGAAAUCGCAAACACAUUUGUAUGGGAAAUUGGAAAUUUUCAAAAAUGGAUAAAACAAGUCUCUCAAGGUGAAUGUAUUAAUAGCCAAAAAUUUUGGUUGCCACAAAGAUCCUUUGAGACAAAAAAUCAAAGUUUCAAUCAUCCUACUUUGUGGGAAUUAUCCUUGUACCCAAACGGAAUUAUAUCGAAAGGAAUGUCUUUGCGUGUUCAUGCGAUUCAAACAAAGUAUGAAAAGGAAAAAGGUAUCACUACGAGACGGAAACAAUUUAUUUUAGGAAUUGGAGAAUAUGAUAUUAGUCAGUUAUUACCUAAGCGUAAAGCUGUGAUCAGACAAUGUGAAAAAAGUGGGAACUUUACUUUUAACGGAUCAAAAACUGUUUCAAGUUGUCUGUACGAUAAUUUCUUUUCAUUAGAUUAUAUAUUUCCAAGAAAUGAAAAAACAAAAGUUGUCAACUUGUUUGUUCAAGUUACCGUUCUUGAAGAAAAAUCUAUACCUGUCGAUAAAAUCAGAUUCGAUAAUAAAUAUGAAGAUUUUUUUGAAGAUGAUACGUUUUCAGAUAUUGAAUUCGAACUUGAUUGUGGGUCAUAUUUAGGAAAAUUGUUGGAUCUAGAAAGUUUUGAUGAUUUCGAACACACUUUUAAACUUGCGGAUAUGAUGAUGCUUAAUAACUUAAAUAAAUUGGUUAUAAAUGAAUGGUUAAAAAUUGUUGAUAAUGAAAAUUGGCAUAAAUUCAUAUUGUUGGGGUGGAAAUAUAACAAUAAUCUUUUAAAAAAUACGGGUUUAGAAUACGCCGCUGAUCAUUGGAAACAAGUUAAAAAAGGUGAAGGAAUGCUGCAAUUGCUCGCAACUAAUAACGUAGAAGGGAUUGAAGAAUUAUUUUACAUUACAAACAAAAGGUUGGAAAUAUCUAAGGUUGGAAUAUUCUCGGAACGACGAAAAUCACAAAAACCAUCAAUGACGAAAAAUUCAAAAUAUAAAGAAUAUAUAGAACGUGAAUAUCGUACUUGUGAUUAUAUAGAAUUUAAUGAUAAUCAAACCCCUAUUAUAAACGAAUUUUCUUAUUGUACCGAAAAAACGAUUGUUGAUCUGGAGGAUAUUGAAUAA